AUGUACAGACAGAUAGCGUUAGAUGAAUCACAGAGACACCUUCAACUAGUAUUGUGGAGGGAUAAUCCUACAACUGAUAACGAUAUUAGUACAGAUGAUGUUAGUCAGUCAAUAAAAAUUUUACAGCUCAAUACUUUAACUUAUGGCAUGGCCUCUGCUCCAUUCUUAGCCACCAGGUGUCUAGCCGAGCUAGCUGAUAAAUGUCAAGAUAAGGUUAUAGCCAACGUCAUUAAAAAUGAUUUCUACAUUGAUGAUCUUAAUACAGCGAAUGAGGCAAUAAAAUUCUCUUUUAUUCCCGCGUACUCUCCACAUUUUGGUGGAAUAUGGGAGGCGGGCGUUAAAUCGGCCAAGUAUCAUUUAAAACGCGUAGCUGGCAAUACCCCCCUGACGUUUGAAGAGUUAGCGACGCUCUUCACCCAAAUAGAAGCUAUUCUGAACUCCCGACCACUUUCUCCACUCUCUUCAGAUCCUAAUGAUACUAAUCCUUUGACUCCCGGGCAUUUCUUAAUUGGACGUCCGUUGAUGUCAGUACCUUCAUUACCAGUUAACACAGCAAGACCUAACAGAUAUGAACUGAUUGAAAAGACAAGGCAACAAUUCUGGAAGAGGUGGAGCCGUGAAUUUAUCGCCGAGCUUCAAAAUCGCGCCAAAUGGAAAAGGAAUUCCAAGGAAAUUCAGGUCGGAGAUCUGAUUAUAAUUAAAGAGGAUCACUCGAUGCCGCUACACUGGCGUAUGGGACGAGUGGAAAGGCUGUACCUUGGAGCGGACGGCAUCUGUAGGGUAGCAGAUGUACGGACAGCCACCGGUACCGUCAAACGGGCGGUUACAAAAUUGUGCCCUCUACCGGGGGUAGAUCAAGAGGAGCAGGAGUUGAAGAUUUCAACGCCCCGGAGGAUGUGCGCGCCAUCGCGCACCUAG